CCAGACACCAGCUCAGCCCACCUCACCUCGAGGGAACGCGGCUGCCUCCCAUCCCUCCUACUCCUAAGUCCUCACGGUGGCAGCAACACCGAGCGCGAGCGCCGAGCGGCGAUGGCCAACGGCGUCGAUGCGUGGGCGGGCGGCUUUGGCGUCACGCAUCAGCCUCACACUCAGCCACGCGUGGGCGUGACGGCGCGGGAGCCUCGCGGAGUUGGGCGAGCAGCGGCCUCCCCUCCCUACGGGUGGAGUCCCUCAGUGCCGCGCCGCCGCGCAUUCUCACAGGCCCUUGGCGCUGCCGUGAGUGUUGAGGCAUCGGCCACACGAUUGCUAGAGAUCCGACUUUAUUCUUGGAAGCCUUUGUUCUUGACUGUUCCUGAUCGAAACACUUAACUUUUUGGCACAUGAGUGCCGGUGGCGCAUUUGGUGGAAAUAGGGGGGUGAGGCCUGUGCCUCCUGAAAAAGGUGUAUUCCCAUUGGAUCACUUAAAUGAGUGCGACUUGGAGAAGAAAGGCUAUCUUGCCUGCCUGAAAUCAACAGGAUUCCAGUCUGAAAAAUGUCGGCAGUUCUCAAAGAGGUAUCUGGAAUGUCGGAUGGAGAGAAACUUGAUGGCGAAGCAAGACAUGUCGGAGCUUGGGUUCAGAAAUCUGGAUGAAGUGGAUACAGCUCCUGACAAGAAUGGCAAACUGGAGACCCUUCCUAAUGAGGCAGAUGAGAAAAAAAUAGCUUCUUGAUUUCGAUGUAGCUUCUGUAUGUUUCUGAUGCAAGUUGUUCAUCCAGGAGAUCUGUCGAGAUCUGAGAGCAAAGAAAGGCUUAAUAAAAAGAAAAAUGGUAGCAAGUUUGCAAACCAAUGCUGAAAACCUGAUCGGACUGCAGAUUAUAUUGGCCACAAACCGUUUUCUCUGUGUAUAGAAAAAAUGCAUGGCAGAGCUUGUUAAGUUAUUGCGUAAAUUGCAUCAGUAUUCACUAAA